AUGUCGGCCGUUCUGAAACCUAUUAAAUGGUUCUACCAUGAGUUUGGUGUCUCUGCCAUCCAUGAGACCGGCCGCAAUGCAUACCUCAUCAUUUUCGCGCGAGCAUGUCGCAUGUUCGCCUACGGAACGAAUUCCCUCAUCUUGGCCAUCUUCUUUUCGGCGCUCAAGUACAGCGAUCACCAAAUUGGCCUCUUCAUGACAUUAACCCUCGUCGGAGAUGUAUUGCUUGGCACGUUCCUCACGCUCAUCGCCGACAAGGUUGGCAGGCGGAAAGUGCUCAUCGGUGGCUCUUUCUUGAUGGUACUGAGCGGCAUCGUCUUUGCUCUGUUUGAAAACUUCUUCAUUCUGUUGCUGGCUGCGGUUGUGGGUGUGAUCAGUGUCACUGGCGGUGACUUCGGACCGUUUCGAAGCAUUGAAGAGUCAGUGCUCUCCCAGCUCACAACCCCGAGCACGCGUGCGGAUGUACUAGCAUGGUACGUUACCAUUUCUGCCAUUGGAUCCAGCCUGGGCAGUGAGGCUUCUGGCCGAAUCAUCCACUAUCUCGAGAAUCUUGAUGGCUGGACGCCGGUCGCGACCUACCACACGCUCUUCUGGGUGUAUGCGGUUAUGGGUCUUGUGAAUGCCAUGUUCAUGUUGCUCCUCACCGAUGCGUGCGAGCUGGAAACUCAGGACACCAACUACGCCCAGGUCCCGCAAGACGAGAGCGAGAUGACUGAACCUCAAAUCCAGCCACUACCUCAACCCCCUGUUGAGCCCGCUACCUGGUUCGGCCGUGUCAAGUCCUCCCUCGCACAGAUCUCGGCACCGACGCGCUCCAUAAUGUACAAGUUGUGGUUCCUCCUGGCGUUGGACAGCAUCGCAGACGGCAUGGUACCCUACUCGCUUACCAAUUACUACAUGGAUGUCAAAUUCUCGCCUGCGAAAUCCACGCUCGGCGAUGUGACAUCCGCCUCAUACUUUCUUGCCGCGAUCGGCUCCACCUUCGCUGGUCCCAUGGCCCGAAAGAUUGGCCUCAUCAACACAAUGGUGUUCACUCAUGUCCCGUCCUCUGCAGCGGUGCUUUUCUUUCCGGCGCCACCUUACUUCUGGCUUACAGCCCUCCUGCUGUUGGUGCGCGCAGGGCUGAACAACAUGGACCAGGCCCCAAGGUCGGCGUUCAUUGCUGCGGUCGUGAAGAGCGACGAAAGGACGGCCGUCAUGGGCAUCACCGCUACGAUCCGCACAUUGGCGGCCACAACGGGACCGACAUUUACAGGCUUGCUGGCGGGCAAGAAUAAGUUCUGGAUCGCGUUCGUCGUGGCGGGCGUCUGUCGUCUGGCCUAUGAUUUCGGACUGUAUGCGCUAUUCAUCAAUGUGAAGCUGUACGAGCACGAAGCCAAACCCGAGGCCAUGACGGAGCAGAAUCGAGGACGGCCGAGCGCCGAUAUAGCCGAUGAUCUCGAGAUGCAGAGUUUGGCGGAUUCAGAGAGCAGUAGCGAGUGGAUCGGAAGCAGCAAAAUUGAAGGACAAGAAGCCAUUGUAAAAAAUGGACUGCAAGCGCCCAGUGCUGAGCAAGUGCGAAGUCGAAGUCCUCACCGGAGCCGGGACACUGAAAGCGGUCUAUGA